AUGCUUAAUAACAAACCUCAAGGGAAUUUUCCUAGAAAUACUGUGGUAAAUCUUAAGGAGAACUGUCAGGCAAUUACGUUGAGGAGUGGUAAGCAAGUGGAGCAGCCCAGUGUACAACAAUCAGUAGUACAGAAUGAAGAGUUGGGUGAGAAAUCCGAUACAAUUGAGAAAUGGGUUACUGAAGACCACCACAGUUCAGAAAAGAGUCCUCCAGUUGUUGUUGAUCAACCAGCUUUAGAGCAGAUGCCCAGUUAUGUGAAGUUCAUGAAAGAGAUUCUGUCCAAGAAGAGGAAGACGGAGGACUAUGAGACGGUGGUGCUCACCGAAGAAUGCAGUGCAACAUUGCAGAGGAAGUUGCCCCAAAAGUUGAGAGAUUCGGGGAGCUUUACUAUACCUUGCACAAUAGGGAAAUUUGAGUGUAAGCAUGCCUUGUGUGAUUUGGGGGAGAGUAUAAAUAUGAUGCCUUUAUCUGUGUUCAGAAGACUUGGUUUGGGGGAGGCUAGUCCUACUACAGUCACAUUACAACUAGCAGAUCGUUCAGUUAAACAUCCCAGAGGAAUCAUAGAGGAUGUCCUUGUUAAAGUGAACAAAUUCAUUUUUCCGGCAGAUUUCAUCGUAUUAGAUAUGGAAGAAGAAAAAAAUGUCCCAAUUAUUAUGGGAAGGCCAUUUUUAGCUACUAGGUAG